CCCCGUAACUUGCCUCGGUCCAGCAAGAAUAAUAAUAAUAAUGAUAAAAUAGUGAACGCGUUACGGUGCUCGGAGGAGGAUGUGCGCACGUCGGCGGUUGCUCUUCGUUCGCGAUAUUAUAUUAUAAUAUUAUUUGUCUACACGAUGAUAUCGUAACAUCACGUCCGUGUUAUUUAGAGGAUAUAAUAAUAAUAAUAGUAUAAAACGUAUAAUAUAGUUUAUUUUCGUAUCGCGAUACACAAAAGUAAUUACAUCACAACCUCCGUCGAGAAUUUUUAUUUUGACAUCGCCGGACGUAGGUACCUGUAUUAUACCUAUCUCUGAUAUCCAUCAUGUCCAGAAAACUCGAGAAAUUCGUAGUGUUGUUCGACAACACCAACCUGUUGUAUUUCCCGGGUCAGUUUCUUAGCGGCAGAGUGUUGGUGGAGCUCAAGGACGACACGCAGGCCUUGGGCCUACAUUUCCAUGUGAUCGGCGAAGGAGUAGUGCGAUUGAAAAGUAAACGUCGCGAGCGGAUCUAUGAUAAGGAAAACUACAUCGAUUUUCGAAUGAGACUUCUCGGAGAACCGGGACAACCGCCAGUGAUGCUGUCACCAGGCAUUCACAGUUUUCCGUUUAAACUCGGCCUGCCACCGGGCCUGCCGUCCACGUUCCUGGGAAAGUCCGGCUGGGUCCAGUACUACUGCAAGGCUGCACUCCGGGAGCCCAACUCGCUCACGCACAAGAACCAACAAGUUUUCAUCGUCAUGAACCCGAUCGAUCUCAACAUGGAGCCGUCCAUUUUAUCUGUAGAACCGUUCCGGUGCGACAUCGAUCACAAACUAUCAAAGGCCAUGUGCCUGGGAUCCGGUCUGGUCGAGUGCCAGGUGUGCCUAGACAAGGGUGCCUAUGUGCCAGGUGAAACCAUUGAGAUCACGGCUACGGUCACCAACAACAGCAAAGUUACCAUUAAAUCGACCAGAGCUACGCUGACGGAGACCAUUCAGUAUUUUGCCAAGAGUAAAAUAAUACAAUCGGAGACCAGAGAAUUGGCUUCGUUAAAAAGAGACAAAAUCAGACCUAACGAAAUGGACCAAUGGCACAAUGAACAACUGUACGUGCCACCACUGCCGCCUACAAACCUCCGUGGGUGUCAUCUAAUAAACAUUCAAUAUGAUAUUUAUUUCAUCAUAUCGCCGAAUAACAUGGAAAAGGAUGUAAAACUACAACUUCCUAUUAUGAUGGGUACCUAUCCAUUUAGAACCGAAGAUGGAUCAUUCGAUGGAAAACUCGGGACCCAUUAUCCAUCGACAUUGCCAAUCCUACGACCAUGGUUGGAAGAAAAGACUUUUAAAUGAUUAAAUUAAUUACUGAAAAUGAUAUGUAUUAGUCAACUAACCAAUUUUCUUAUUAUAUUUUAAAUUAAUCAAUAUUUAAUAUUUAAUAUUAAACAAAAAUUUAAGAAUUUGAAUUAAACAA